UCGAAGAUGGCGCUUUUCUUUCGAAGACGCUUGGCUGCCCUCGACUUGGAGACGAGUGAAUCCUUUGACUGCUUCGAUGCGAUCGGGCACGGCGUGUACCAGCAGCGCCUGCUCUUUCUCAGUUUCGUCAGCUCAUUCCUCCUGCACGUCAACAUACUGUCCUUCUAUCUCAUAUCGGGAGACGUGGACCACUGGUGCCGGCCGCCGCCUGACUGGACUAUGUCCGUCGCCGCCUGGAGGAACUCAGCCAUCCCUCUGGAGGCGGACGGCAGUCCCAGCCGGUGCUCCGUCUACAAGAAUCCGGCAGACCCGAACGACACCGACGUGGUAGCUUGCGAUCACUGGGACUACGAUCCGAAGAACGAGAGAAAGACCAUCGUGAGCUCCUGGAACCUGGUAUGCCAUCGGCGGUCUCUGAUCACGGUCAUACAGCUCGUGUACAUCACCGGUUCCCUCAUGCUGCCCAGUAUUGCCGGCUACCUGGCGGACAGCGUCGGUCGCCGGCCCAUGCUCCUGAUGUUCACCGCCGCGCUCAUUGUGGGGACGUGCGGCAGCUGCUUUGCCGACACGUACGUCUUGUACGUGGUGAUCAGGUUCGUCAUCUCCGGCUGUUCGGGCGCCGCUGCCCUGGUGUCCUGCAUGCUCGCGUUCGAGGUGACCAGACACGAGUACCGAACGACGUACACUGUUGCGGUCACUCUUUCGGCCGUCUUGCUCUCUGAACUGUGGUACGACCUGGUCAGGCAACUCAGCCUCGAUAGGUUCCUGCUCCAAGCGAUCUUCUUGGCGCCCACAGUCGUUGCGCUCAGCACGUUCUGCUUCGCCGACGAGUCUAUACGAUGGCUCAUCUUUAGCAGAAACAUGGUCACGGCGGAAGCAGUCAUGCUGGCGGCCGCAAAGAUGAACAACGUUCCUCUGCCCACUACGGCCUGUCUGCUCAACAAGCUGAAGGCGGAGGCGCUCAAAAGUGAGGAGCAUCUCAAAACGCUGCCGAUAAACGGCGAAAACUCAUGGGCGAAUUACAUACCUACUCGAGCGCUCUUCAUGUUCCUCGCAUAUUUCUCCGCAACAUUCACGUACAUGGUGCUGCUCCAGUCGUCCUUGAAGACUCCCGACUCGUGGGCCCGUUGGCUGUCGUUACCCAGCCACAUGCUGACGACUCUGCUCGCAUACACACUCAUAGGUCGGGUAAGGCCCCUGGAGCUGCUCAUACGAAGCUGCGGUCUCCUCGGCGGCCUCGUCUGCCUACUCAGCGUGACCAUUGGGGGCCCGAUAGCGGUGCUCGCGCAGCUGUUCUUCGUCCCAGCCGAGGCCUUCGCACUGGCGGUCAAUGUCUUGGCAGGUGUCUGUGUGUGCGAGGUGUUCCCUACUCCCGUACGUGGCACUGCAUUGGGCUGGUCCUUCGGCAUCGGCCGAGUCGGAGGCGUCUGCGCCACGUUCGCGUCAGCGCUGAGGAACGCCGGUCGUGAGGAUGCCGCGUUGGCCAUGGCGGCUUGCAUGAUGUUCCUCUCGCUGGUGGCGCUCAUCCACAUGCCGGGAAAAAACACGGGCCCCACGAUCAACCUACGGAGGGUCUCCGCCACUGGCGCCCAGACCGUGGAUCACAUGAAAAUGACGCUGGAGCCCCUAGCUUACCGGAAGGACUAUAGGAGACGAGCCAGCUGUGACAGUAGGAGGUCCAACAUUUCGCUCUCCUCUCGAAAGCGCAGUGACAUUUAGGAAUCUUAAUGCGCACUCAACUCAUUGCUAUCGUAAUAGUACUGUAUGUCUCUGCUGUUGUAAUGAUUUCUCGCUCAGAAUGUAAUGAUAAUAAUAUUUGUACUUGACUCGUGCCGUUGUUCGAGCAAGCGCCUCUCUGAUUUGUGUGCCUACAUCCCGGCGGGUAGCGAUCCCGCAAUAGUAGAGCUACACUUUCUACCCCCGUCUGUCGCUAUUUUAGCAAUAAACGCUGCGUUUAUAUUCGUCGUAGAAGUUGUUUCUACCUAAUGCUCCGUUGCUCAUCCUUGUUUUCCGGUCUCCGUCUGUGUCUUUCUUUUUAGCGCUGCCACCAUUUCAAAUUUGUUCCAACAGGCCCAAUUUGCCACGUUAUUCACUGCUCCUCUACGCUUCAAUGCCGCCGGGUUAUGUUGUUGAGGCUACUCCGGAAAACUUCGCUGCUAUGGUGAAAGCACGUUGCUGAGCUGCUACGAAGACGCAAUGAGUACAGAAAGCAGGACAUAAUAAUGAAGUUUUAAGGAAAACAUCUGGCAGAACCCAUCUCAC